AUGAUCCGCGAUGCCCAUCUUUCUACGAGAGGGGGCUUCCCAAUCUCCGAAUCGACGAUGCCCCUUCGAGAAAGCCAGGCGCAGGACCAGCCGAGGAUGCGAUACCGGAGCCGCCCCGUGUCCGUCGCCGUCGACCCCAUCUCCUUGGUCAUUUCCGAGUGCAUAUCCAUCACCUCCGCCAUCCAGAAGCAUGCCCGGUCACCACACUCGUCCGUAUCCGCCAUUCUCGGCGGCAGCCCCAAUCCCAUCCAUCUCGGCCCCCCGAGCCCUGCGGUGAAAGGGCGAAGCAGAAGUCCGUUGGCGGCCGCGGCCAGUGCCGAGGAUAGUGGCUCCGACACCAUCGUCGCCAACAGUCGUUGGGGUCUCCGCGGCCAGCGAGGCAAGAGCAUGCAAGACAAUCCCAUGAUAGCGGGCUUCGGAAAACUUCGUUACGAAAUCGCCGUCAUCAAGGACAUUCGCUCCUUCGACGCUCCCUCGCUCCUGGCGCCCUUCUUGCUCGUCAUACAAGCAAAGGGUACGGCCGCACCCAUAACGGUCCUCGCACUCGGCGCGCUGAGAAAGUUCCUCGCCUACGGCUUCGUCUGCUCGGAAUCCCCUCGGUUCGCCUUGGCCAUGCAGUCGCUCUCGGCCGCCGUGACGCACUGCCAGUUUGACGUGAGCGAUUCUGCUCAGGGCGAGGUCGUCCUUCUCAUGAUCCUCAACCUCAUGGAAGAUAUGAUGUCGGGCCCUGGGGGCGACAUCCUGAGUGACGAGAGCGUCUGCGACAUGAUGGGACGCGGCUUGGCCAUCUGCUCCCAGCCUCGAUUCUCGCCUGUUCUGCGACGAACGGCCGAAACAUCCAUGGUCAGAAUGUGCCAGAUCAUCUUCGAGGAUAUCAAGCACCUCGAGGUCGAGGCCGGGGUCGGCAGCGACGAUCUCGAUCAUCAAGUGCACAGCGACAUGGGACGCAUUCUGAUGGAGGAGCCCCCCACCGGCAGCACCGGUGAGCCUGCCGGCACCGAUGCCCCGACACCGCCCAUCCGCAGCCCGUCGUCGUUGGAGUUGCCCGACGGCGAGCCGCCGACCGCAUCCCUUCCGGAACCGGCCCAAGACGCGACGAGCGAGUCCAGCGAGACCGAGUCGCUUGAUCUCAAACCAUACUCGCUACCGUCCGUCAGGGAACUCUUCCGAGUGCUCGUCAAUUUUCUGGACCCAAACGACCGUCAACGCACCGAUACCAUGAGGGUCAUGGCCAUGCGUAUCCUCCAUGUCGCCCUCGAGGUGUCUGGGCCGCUGGUGGCCCGGCACCCGGCACUUGCCAUCAUUGCCGAGGACCGUCUGUGCUGCUUCCUUUUCCAGCUCGUCAGGUCGGACAACAUGGCCGUCCUGCAAGAGUCGCUGAUCGUGGCCGGCACGCUGCUGGCGACCUGCCGAGGGGUUCUCAAGCUUCAGCAGGAGCUGUUCUUGUCGUACCUCGUCGCGUGCCUGCACCCGACGGUGCCGAUACCCCGCGAGGCCGGCAUCGAGCCCUCUCUGUACUCGGGAAUCCCGGAGACGCCCAAGCUGGUCAAGCCGCCACCCUCGCAGCAGGGCAGCGGUAGAUCCACGCCGGUGGCGGUCAAGGAUAGGCAGAAGCUCGGCAUGGAGGGCGGCGCUCGCAAGCCGGAUGCUCGGCAGGCCAUGGUCGAAAGCAUCGGCGUCCUGUCGCGCAUGCCGACCUUCGUCACCGAGCUUUUCGUCAACUACGACUGUGACGUGGAUAGGGCCGAUCUCUGCGAAGACAUGAUCGGUCUCCUUUCGCGCAACGCGCUGCCGGACUCGGCAACCUGGAGCACCACGAGCGUGCCUCCGCUGUGCUUGGAUGCCUUGCUGCGAUACAUACAGUUCUUGGCGGAACGGCUGGAGGAGAAGCCGACGGGCGAAAACUACCCGGAUCCCGCCCAGCUGAGAGAGCAACGACGACGGAAGAAGAUCAUUGUCAAGGGCACGAGCAAUUUCAACGAAAAACCCAAGGCCGGCCUAAGCUACCUUGAGGCGCAAGGGAUCAUCGCCGACCCGAAGGAUCCCGUCGAGGUGGCCAGGUUCCUCAAGGGCACCUCGCGCGUUUCCAAGUCCGUCUUGGGCGAUUUUCUCUCCAAGAAGGGCAACGAGGCCAUCUUGCAAGCCUUCAUGGACGCCUUCGACUUUUCUGGCAAGCGCAUCGACGAGGCUUUGAGAGUGCUGCUCGAGACAUUCCGACUACCCGGAGAGGCACCGCUUAUUGCUGCCAUCGUGGAAUCCUUCGCGGAAAAGUACUGCUCCGGCAGUACGCCUACGGAUGUGGCCGACAAGGACGCCGUCUUCAUCCUGACCUACGCCAUCAUCAUCCUCAACACCGAUCAGCACAAUCCCAAUCUCAAGUCGUCGAAGCGCAUGACUUUUGAAGAUUUCUCGCGGAACCUCCGCGGGCAAAACGGAGGGGUCGACUUUUCCAUCGACUUCCUUCGGAGCAUAUUCGACUCGAUCAAGCUGAACGAAAUCAUCUUGCCGGACGAGCACGACAACAAGCAUGCUUUCGACUACGCCUGGAGGGAGCUGCUGCUGAAGACCGAGUCUGCCGGUAGCCUGGUAAUCUGCAACACCAACAUCUACGACGCCGACAUGUUCGCCGCGACGUGGAGACCUAUCGUUUCGACUCUGUCGUACGUCUUCAUGUCCGCGACGGACGAUGCCGUCUUUGCCAGAGUGGUCACCGGCUUCGACGAGUGUGCACGCGUGGCUGCCAAGUACGGCAACACGGAGGCCCUGGACCAAAUCGUCUACUGUCUCAGCCACAUGAGCACGUUGGCCACCGAGUUGCAUGUCAACACCUCGCUGAAUGCCGAAGUUCAGGUUGGUGAAGGAUCCGUCAUGGUGAGCGAGCUGGCCGUGAAGCUGGGACGGGACUUCCGGGCACAACUUGCCACGCUCGUGCUCUUCCGUGUCGUCACGGGCAACGAGGCUCUGAUACAACGAAGUUGGGACCACGUCAUACAAAUUUGGCGCAACCUAUUCGUGAAUUCGCUCAUCCCGCAUCCCCUUUCCACCAACUCCUCACCCUUGGAGAUUGCCGACAUUCCUUUGCAGACGUCGACUCAGGUAAUCGACCGAGCCGCGCGCUCGGCAGACGCUGGUUUUUUCAGCGCCUUCACCUCCUACAUCUCGAGCUACGCAGCAGACGACCCCCCGGAGCCGUCGGAGGAGGAGCUUGAGAGCACGCUCUGCGCCAUCGACUGCGUCAAGUCGUGCAACAUGGACGCUUGUUUUGAUAAUAUUAGGCACCUACCGGCGUCGCAAACCACGACUCUGGUGCAGGCCAUGUUGGACAAGAUACCCGAGGAGGAACACGCGGGCGUCAUCAUCGUCAAGCAGGAUUUGACCACUCUGCCCCCAGGCCCCAAUCAGCCGAACCCGAUAGCGUUGCCCAAGUAUGACCCUGGCGCCGUGUACAUCCUCGAAUUCUGCACCGCCCUCGCCGUUCGCGACGCGGCAUCGGUUGAGCGCAUGGGCAAGCAGGUAUUCGACGUCCUUCAACGGCUUCUGCGUGAGCCUGGACAGUGGCACUCGAUCACGGUGACUCGAGCGGCAUUCUAUGCUCUGAGGAUUCUCCGGAAGGGCUAUGAUCACGACUUUGUGAACGUACCAUUCCUGCUUCACACAAUCUCCAGCCUCCCGUACGACACGUUCGGGAACGCCUCCGACACCAUUCUCAAGGGCCUGGCCGCCUGCACCUCGGAGCCCGGUCCGUUGCGAAGCGAGAUGAUGACGUCGCCCGAUUUUUGGGCCGUUUUGCGCAUCUUUUCGGGAGACCCAAAAUCUGCGGCCCUUGUGUUUGACAUUAUCGAAAAGGCCAGUACCGGAAACCCGUCGGCCAUCACGGCCGACAAUUACGAAGCCGCCGUCGGUCUCCUCGAUCUUUUCGCCUCCUCGGCGAGCCCGCAGGUGGCGUCGGAACAUGGCGGCGAAUCCACGCAUCGUCCACGGGAGAGGCAGGUGAAGCAUGGGAAAGCUGACGGCGAAACCGUGGCUCGCGCGUGCAGGGCAGUGAACGCGCUGCAGAGCAUGACGGCUCGUAUCCCCCAGCUCAUGCAGCAGUCCCACCUGGAGAGCAGCGAAGGCGAGUGCAGAGCCGACGUUCCCUACUCUUCACCGCCAGGGAGCGCCGCUAACGUGACGAACAGCCUGGUCCUCCUACUGGCUCCCCAUCUUUCAGGCCCUCACGACGCAGUGCACCAAUCCUUGUCGCGACGUGCGUCAGUUGGCCUUUUCGACGUUGCAGCGGUCGCUUCUCUCACCCGAGUUUACGUGCACCGAUCCGAGAGAGUGGACGUCGAUAUUCGAAAAGGUCUUGUUCCCCUUGAUCCUGCGACUCCUGAAACCAGAGGUCUUCUCGUUGGACCGGGAUGGCAUGGGCGAGAUGCGGGUGCAGUCCGCCUCGCUCAUAUGCAAAGUCUUUCUCCAGCCCUUUGGUUGAAGAUCAUCGACGUCAUGGAUCGCCUCAUGAACAGCGGACAGGGGGAUAGCCUCCUUUCUCAGGAGGAGGCCGUGCGAGAGAAUUUGAAGAACGUGAUGCUGUUCAUGGCGAGCAGCGGAUACUUGGUUCCGCCCACGCAGGAUCCGACCAAGAAGGAGCUAUGGGACGAGACAUGGAAGCGCGUCGACCGUUUCCUGCCCGAUCUGCGGAAUGAUUUGGUGCCAGAAGGCGAAAACGGAUCGGCGGACGCACCCAGUGCCCCGGCGGAGGAAAAGGUCGAGGCCGAAUCCAAAGGCGCGGAAGAGAAGGCGCCCGGCGACGACGCGGAGGAGACGGCGGAGGAAGAGGGAGGGCAUGCAAACGCCGAGAAAGCCGAGGAAGAGCAAUAG